AAUUACCUGUCACCAACUCGAUAUUACUCUCAUCAUAUUAUUAUAAUAUAGUGACAUUAUAUACUGAAUAUUAUACAGUGGAAUAGAAUAUUGAUGAUUCGAAUCUGAUGGAUAUUUCUGCUGAUGGUAGCUCAGUUUCUCUAGUAGAAAGUGAAAAGGGCACAGCGGAAGCCAGAUCAAAUUGCAUUAGGAAACUUGGACUCAAUUUGAACGGAAUACCAGUGGUCUUUCAUCAAUAUAACACUCGACAUUCAACAAAACUGAAAAAAUUAUACGUGGACCUGAGCAACAGUCGUCUAGAAGCAGAAACAGCAAGAAGUACAGGGCGAGUCAGUGAAAACGGACGUUUCGAUCUAGUUCGCAGGGACAGCACUACAAGUCAAGAUAGCAGAGAAUUCGACCUUUCAAAUUACGAUUUUCAGCUAGCGAAAACAAAUUGCAAUAAUAUUAUGGACGACAGAGAAAGGCAAUGCAUAGAUGGCGUUAAUAGAGUCCAGAAAGCAUGGCUGAAAUAUUUUUAUGCCUUAUGUUUCGUAGGAAUUAUUUACAUUUACCUCGAGGUCAUCCACAACGGAGAAGAAAUAAGGAGAAUUACGAAAGAAGUAAACGGGUUGAAGCAAGAGAUACGCUAUGAGCCUGACGCCGAGGGCAAGUUCUACAGAAUAGAGACCAUUUUGAAUAACAUGAAACGAGAGCAAGAGGCGAAUCGAAAAUCCUUCAAGAAUUUGAUAAAUACGGAAUUGGCCAAAUUCAGUUCCGAUAAAACAGGAAAAACAGAUUUCGCUCUGGAAGCCUCAGGUGGUAAAAUCGUCAGUUUGACUUCUGGAACGGAGAACUUCGACUACACCAAGUCACUUUUCGGUAUCACGUUGUGCGAAGGAAUGCAAGGUCCAAGAGCAAUGCUUCAGGCUGAUAUGUCACCAGGACAUUGUUGGGCCAUCAAAGGUUCUCAAGGCGGUGCUAUCGUUAAACUGAUAGGACAAGUUGUAAUAAGCUCCGUCAGCAUAGAACACAUCCCUGAGUAUAUUUCACCUACCGGAGAGAUAUCAUCAGCUCCGAAAGAAUUUUCUGUCUGGGGUUUGAGGAGUGCUACAGACAGAGGGCAGCAAUUAGGCCAAUUCACUUAUGACAUGCACGGCCCCCUAGUGCAAACUUUCACCAUAAAAAAUUCGAAAACCUUCGAAUACGUCGAAUUCACCGUGUUGUCCAAUCAUGGUAAUUCCGAUUUCACAUGUGUGUAUAGGUUUAGAGUACAUGGCGAGCUGGAGAAACACUGAAGUAUACAAAGAACUGUAAAUACCUUUACAAAAUGUUCUUACAUUCUUUUACAAUAAAUUUUUUAUACCCAGA